AUGGAUAAAAAGUUGGUUGAUAAUUAUGUUAAACAUGCUACUACACAUAAUCGAGUCUUGGAAGAAGAACAAUGUUGGAGAGAAAUAAAACGCCGUCAUAAAAGAUCAAGUGAAUCUCGUGAUCGAUCACCUGAAUCAAACUGUGCUCAAUCAGAACAAGCACUAGAUGCUUAUGAGCGUGCACUUCGUUCAGAAGCUAAACGCAGUGUAGAAUUACUUUCUGCUCGUACAUUACCAAGCGCUGCUGGUGGACAAAAUGCUAAAGAGUUUUGGCGAACACUUGCUCGUCGACACUGUGACACUGGUCGUUGGGGUCAUGAUGGUUGGGAUGAAUUACAAAAUGAAGGUCCUAUCCCAUUUAAACGUUCUGAAAGUAUCGAUGAUGUAAAAUCAAAAUCAGUCACAUCAAGUAUAACACCUAAACUACCAUAUCAACAUACUGUUGACAAAUUAAAAGAACAAGAAGCAUUGACAAAAUCAAAAAAGAAAACUAAACAUAAAUUAUCCGAAUCAAAAUCGAAGAAAAAACAUGCUAAAAAACGUAAAACUAAAUUGAAGAAAGUUAAAAAGCAUAAGAAAACUGACAAGAAAAAGAAACAUAAGAAAAAAACCAAAGUGUCUAAACGACGAUCACCUACUCCGUCGUCGUCGUCCUCCUCCUCUUCUUCAUCUUCUUGUUCAACCUCCUCUUCUUCAUCUUCAUGUUCGUCACCACCUCCGUCACCAGCUCCUUCAUCGUCCAGUUCUUCAUCAUCUUCCUCCCAUUCAGCAAGUUCCAUUGGAACAGAUGAUGAAAUAGAAUGGCAAGAAUUAAAAGUGAAAUAAUAAUGAUUGUAAUAAAGAAAAUGUAAUACUUUUUUUUUCUUUUUAUUACAAUGCAUUUUGUAAAUUAACUGAUUGGAAUCAAGUAUCUAACCUGAAUCUACAGAAUUUCUUCAAUAUCCUUUCCCAUUUCUUGAUAUUUUGUCAUUGUUUUAUCCUUUCACUUCUCUUUCUUAU